AGCGCGAUCUUCAAUGGACGGCCAAAAUAUCGCGUAGCCUCGAAGUCGACCAUCGGAAGCAACCGGUUUUAGUUGCAUCGCUGCUGCCCGACACAACUCACUCAAGCGCGAGAUCAAGUGCCUCGCGUGCGUAGGGUGUUGGGUGUUUUUGUUUGGGAAUUCCCCCAACGGUUUGACCUCGUUGGGUGAGAGCAUCAUCUUUUUUUUUGUUGAGCACAUCAAAAGGUUAUCAAACGUACAGGGAUGGGUCGCGGUGUACGGUACUGCUACGCAAUCGCUUCGCUGGUGGUGGUGAUUCCGCUGUGCCUUCUGCUGGCAGCUUCCCCAAGCACCGCGCAAACCUGUGGCAAACGGAAGGUGGUAAACUUCCUGAUCGUGAACGGUACCGAGGCAAAGGAUGGCUACUGGCCGUGGCAUGUGGCACUGUUCCACAACAAUGCCCGGUCGUUCGUGUAUGCGUGCGGCGGAACCAUCCUUGACCAGAACACCGUUCUAACGGCGGCUCACUGUCUGAUGACGGGGAGUGGGAUAAUUGCGCGGGAGCGACUGGUAGUGCAGGUGGGUCGUAACCGGCUGCGGGUAGCGAGCCAACGCGCCCAAGAGCACGAGGCGUUCCAGCUGAUCGUACAUCCGGACUACAACAUCAACGGCAUCCGGCACGAUAUCGGACUGAUCAAGUUGGCUACCGACAUCACGUACACCGACUACAUCCAACCGAUCUGUCUGUGGAAUCGGGGCGAUGAUCUAAAUGCGAUCGUCGGGUUACACGGUACCGUGAUCGGGUUCGGUUACGAUGAGACCGACACUCCAACGGACACACUGCGCGAAGCUACCAUUCCGGUCGUGAGCACCAUCACCUGUAUCGAAAGCAACCGGGAAGCGUUUGCCACGCAGCUUACGUCGGAAAUGUUUUGUGCCGGUAGUCGGGAUGGAGUUGGGGCCUGCAACGGUGACAGUGGGGGUGGUUUGUUCUUCCGCUUCGGCGAUGUUUGGUUCAUUCGCGGGUUGGUGUCGUUUACCAAGCCACGACAGGAUGCGCUGAUCUGUGACACGCGCGAGUACACCGUGUUUACCGAUGUGGCAAAGUAUCUGCAGUGGAUCGAGCAACACCUGCGUGGUACGAUUGGCCAGCCGGUUGUGAUAGCGACGGACAACAAUCUUAAGCUUGCGCUGCUACCGACCGCUACGUGCGGUGUCAAUCCGUACCCGGGCCGAGACGAGUCCUCCAAACCGGUACUGCAGGGUUAUCCUUGGGCGGGUCUGCUGGAGUACACGGAAGCCGGAUCGCGCGAAAAGAAAACGAUCUGCCAGGCGACACUUAUCAGCGAUCUCUACGUAGUCACCGGUGCUCACUGCGUCAACAGUAUUCCCAGACGGUACACGUUAUCGGCCGUACGGAUGGGAGAGUACGACAAGAGCACCAUGACGGACUGCGCCCAGGUCGAUGGACAGUCGGUAUGUGCUCCCCCGGUGCAAAUACUGCGCAUCGAGUCGUUGAUCGUGCACACGGGCUUCAACAAACCGCGGUACGCGAACGACAUCGCACUGAUCAGGCUGCGCGACCGGGCAGACACUAGCCGGAGCAACGUGAAACCGAUCUGUCUGCCGGUGACGAAUGAGCUGCGCAGCUCAAAGCCAACCCGCUACACACUCACUGCCUGGGCGUCCGGAUCGCGUGGUAACGUGCUGGAACGGUCGCAACGCGAGCUCGUCGAAUCGGUCGAAUGUCAGAAGCUGUACACCGACAAAUCGGUCACGCUGGAAAAGACGACACGCCAGAUCUGUAUCAAGCAGCAGCAGGAGUCGGGCUCACGGUGCAAUUUCCCAUCGUCGGCCGCACCGUUACAGGUUGUGCAGCAAGUGCAGGGCAAGAGUCGGUACGUGCUGUACGGUGUGCUAUCGUACGGACCGAAGAAUUGCAGUGCGCUCUACCCGGACGUGUACACCAAUGUGGCGAGCUACAUGGAUUGGAUACUGGAAAACAUACAAGAGUACACAAUGCGAGGAUUUUCUUUACUGCUGAUUGGAGCAGUCUUAGGUGCGUGUACAUUUACGACAUCGAUCGCCCAACAACUUCCCCUAGAGUGUGGCGAGCGCAAGGUGAAAACCGUUUACCUGGUGCAGCACGGUACCGAAACGAAGGAAGGCCAUUGGCCGUGGCAUACCGCCAUCUACCAUUGGGAGAAGAAAGCCUUCGAGUACGUGUGCGGUGGUUCCAUCAUCGAUCGAAAUACCAUUCUUACGGCGGCCCACUGUCUGUACACUACGCGCGGUCAGAUAAAGUUGGAGCAUCUGUCCGUGCAGGUGGGGCGUAAUCAGCUGUCGGAAGCUAGCACCCGGUCGCAGGAACAUCAGGCAGAACAGCUGAUCAUCCAUCCGGGUUUUAGCCCGAAUAAUGUCGCGGAUGAUAUAGCACUGAUCAAGCUGGCUACCGACAUUACGAUGACUCGCUUCAUCCAGCCGGUCUGCCUGUGGAACAUGGAACCGAACCCGGAGCUGAUCGUGGGCAGGAACGGUACGGUGGUGGGCUUCGGACUGACGGAGCACGAUCGCGUGUCGGACUAUCUCCGGCAGGCUGCGAUCGAGGUGGUCGAUUCGUGGGCCUGCAUCGAGAGUGACCGGGAAGUGUACGGUGCCACGCUGACUGCGGGUAUGUUUUGUGGUGGCGGUAAGGCCGGCAUCAGUGUGUGCAAUGGGGACAGUGGUGGUGGUAUAUUUUUCGAAUUUUCCGACAACUGGUACGUGCGGGGCGUGGUGUCGUUUAUGCCAUUGCGUGAAAACGUUGGCCUGUGCGAUGGGACCAAGUACACCGUGUUUACCGAUGUGGCAAAGUAUCGGGAUUGGAUCGCACAGUUCAUUAACCCAACGCUUGCGCCCGUUCGCACGGAUCCGCUGCUGGUGGAUAAUAGUCCGAAGCUGCGGUUGCUAAACUUCAACUCCUGCGGCAUCAGCCCGUACACGAACGGGACCAAUGAUACGUUCUUCGCGUAUCCGUGGGUCGGUUUGAUCGAGGUGUCUGUCCGUGGACAGGGCAAAACGAUGGCACUGUGUCAGAUCACGCUGAUUAGCGAGUGGUACGCGGUCGGGCCGGCCCAUUGCUUUGCCAACGAUGGGAUGGAACGCAUGGCGCGGUUCGGUGAUUACGACCGAUCGACGGAACAGGACUGUAUCGAUCGACACGGCACAACGCUGUGCGCACCACCGGUCCAAACGCUUGCGAUCGAAAGAAUCAUAAUACGGCCGGAUUACAACAAGCUUGCGAUUACGGACGAUCUCGCGCUGAUCGAAUUUCGGCGACCGGCCAACAUUAGCCAACCGAACGUGCGACCCAUCUGUUUACCGGUGACGAUCGAUCUGCGCAGUUACAAACCGGUCACCUUUGCGCUCGGUGGGUUCCCGGCACAGGGCGAUCGUAUCGUGGCCAGCAGCCCUAGCUACCUCAACUCGGUCAACUGUCAGGAGCGGUACAAUGCGAUCCACUAUCCGUUGCGCAAAAGUCAUACGCAAAUCUGUGCGAUCGCGGUACCGACCAACCACACGGGGCCGUGCGAGAGGAUGCUGUCCGGUGCAACCCUGCAGACGGUUCAGACAUUCGGCCGACGGGAGCGAUACUUUUUGCAAGGUGUACUUUCGUUCGGUGCACGUGAAUGUGACAAUACGGUGCCGGAAGUGUACACCAACGUGGCUGUGUACCUGGACUGGAUACUGUACAACAUGCGGGACGUUAGACAGCAGGGUCCCGAUACGAAGGAACAGCUCAUCUUUACGUCUUAACCCGGAAAUGAAAGAAUGAAUAGAUAGAUUGCCUUAACUCUUGUUCAA